AUGGCUUUGAUGAGUAUGAAUAACACAUCGUCGAUCAUGAACGUUACCACCAUGGAACCGGCUACCCUUAGCCCAUCUCUCCACCCGUACAAUGUCCGCAUCGGCUUGGCCUGUGUAUGGAUCUUAGCCGCGGUCCUUGGACUCGUUGGGAACAGCCUCGUGAUCUGGUCGGUCGUCCUGUCCAAGAAACUCCGCACGGUGACCAACGCCUUCGUGGUCAACCUCAGCCUUGCUGAUUUCUGGACGAGUCUGUCUUACCCGUGGCAGGCCGUCGCCAUACUGAGUCAUGGCUCCUGGCCGUUAGCUACAGAGGUCCCAUGCUACAUCGCCGCCGUGCAGUUUUACACUGGUCUUGGUACAAGCCUUUACUCAUUGGCAGCGAUAGCGUUCAAUCGCUUCAUGCUGGUCACCCAGAUACCUGCCACAUACAGUCGUUGGUACUCCCCGAGAAAAGUCUCCGCCAUGAUCGCUGCGACGUGGGUCAUCCCUUCAAUUGUGUUCUUCUUGCCGCCAAUUCUUGGCAUUGGCGACUUUGGUUACGAUCCCCAGGGAAGUACCUGUACCGACAAGGACGGUCAUCCCCGCGGCCCAGAGUACAACCUCGCUCACUCUCUGGGUUUUUUCCCAGCACCUCUGCUUAUCAUCAUCGGUGCCUACACGGCACUCUACAUCCAUCUCAAACGUCACUUCAGGAAGCAGAAGAGAAGACGCACUCAGCAAGAUAGCCCAACACGGGAUAACAAAGCAGUUGGGAAGUCCACCGUCGGUUUAAGCAUAUCGACCGAGUCCACAGGACAAGGGAUGUCCAUCAACGACGUAGCCAAUUGCAACCGGCGAGAAAUCAGCCGUCAGCAGCUUGCAAUCACCAAGAAUCUCUUUAUGGUUUUCAGUAUCUUCUUCUUGUUGGUGGCUCCUUAUUUCAUCGCUCUGGCCGUACCUAGCAGUCGUACGUUUGCUCUCUAUGGGGCAACCAUCACUAUCCUGAAUAGCUGUGUAAACCCCAUCAUCUACACUGCAAAGCAUCCUCAAUUCAAAUUGGUGCUUCGAAAGAUCCUUUGUUGUCGCUACUCUCAGAUACCUGAACCAUCUGACUGGCUGAAAUCUAUCUUGUCUCGGAGGAAGUAAAAACGGUUUUUGCCUUGUCUGAAAGGAGAUGAGAACGGAAACGAAACGUGGGUAUAGGCCUAUUAUAGGGUAAACCUUUUAUUGUGACUCCUGCUGGCUUCACCGGUGGUGCAAGGUAGACAAAUUCGAAUAAAACUAAAUACAUAACAGGUCGGUUUUGUAAUAGAGCAAGACUGUGUCUUGUUGAAUACAUGAAUAUUGUUAAUUUCGUAAAGUCCUUCACUGACGUAUUUUACAAACACGGUAUACUCAGUGUUACAGAUGCCUAUAAGGGCCACAACCAAUUAAAAACAAAUACAAAUUGGUAUGUUGUCGCGGCAAAUAAUUGUUACCUUACCAUCUGGUUUCGGCCAAUCAGAUGAUUUGUACGUAACAGUAGGAUGAUUUGUAAAUAAUUUGGUCAAUAUAU